AUGGAGGCCAGCAAAAUCGAGGAGGUGGCCCAGUCCUUGCUCAAGGCCCAGACACAGGCCGAUACUGCCGAUAUCCUUAGAUUGCUCAAGGAACUGAGAGAUGGCGUGAAGGCCACUGAAGCUCUUUUGCGAAAGACCCGCAUCGGUAUCCUCGUCAACAAGUUCAAGCAGAACCAAGAUCCGGACAUUGCCCGAUUGUCAAACGAGAUCGUCACGAAGUGGCGUAACGAUGUCCACAAACAGAAGCCCCGUGCAUCCGCAUCCGCAUCCGUAGCGAGCCGGGGCACCAGCGGAUCCCCACGACCGGGACAGAAUGGUACUCCAUCUUCUACACCAACUUCGGCAAAGCCAAAGUGGGCCCUGGAUCCCGAAAAGCGGACAUGGAAGGUAGAUGAAGUUGAUACCAGCGUGACUGGAAACCAGGUACGCGAUAGAUGUAUCGGUUUGAUGUAUGAUGGAUUAUGCUUGGGCUCGACCGAACCCCCAAAGACCGUGCUUUCAAAGGCCGCAGAGGUUGAAGCUGCUGCAUAUGACUUUUUGGGCCCUGAGUCCAAAGAGGACUACCGCACUAAGAUGCGCAGUCUCUUCCAGAAUCUGAAGAACAAAUCAAAUAUGCAGUUGCGUAUCCGUGUGGUCUCAGCUGAGAUCAGUGCCAACGAUUUCGUGCGCAUGACCUCCGAUGAAUUGCGAUCUGCGGAGCAGAUUGCCAAGGAUGAGGAGAUCAAGAAGAAGAAUAUGAACGAUGCGAUGGUAGCCCAACAAGAACGGAGUAUCAGUACCAGCUUGCAAUGUGGCAAAUGCGGCCAGCGCAAAGUGACCUACACCGAGGCGCAGACCCGCAGUGCUGAUGAACCAAUGACCCUUUUCUGUACGUGUGUGAACUGCGGCAAGUCAUGGCGCCAGUGA